UGCCAUGUAUUUACAUACAUUGGAUCAACAUUGAUUUAUAUACAUUGAAUCUACGUCGAAAUAAAUACAUUAGAUCAACGUUGGGUUUAAAUCGUAAAAAUAUCAACUUUUUGUGAUGUUUUUACAUACAUUGAAAAAACGUUGAUUUAUAUACAUUGAAUCAAUAUCGAAGUAUAUACAUUUGAUCAACAUUGAGUUUAGAUCGGAAAAACAAUCAACUUUUUGCGAUGCUUUUACAUACAUUGGACCAAUGUAAAUUUGCCAGAUGUUUUUAGUUCCGUCGGUAAUAAUUUUAUCAUAAACUAAAUGAUAUUGGAUCAAGGUUGGUUUUGCAUUGGAAAAAAGAGCUGACGUUCGCGAUGGUUUUAUAUACAUUGGCCCAACGUAUGUGUGCUAGCUGGGAUUCUAGAUAUGCACAAGUUCAUGUUCUGUUUUAAAAAAUGUUUUCAACGUUUUAGAUGUUAGGUUAUAAAUGUUUUGUCAUAUUAGACAAUCGACAAGUGAAUUCCUGCUAUUAGAAUCAAAAAAUAAGCAGGAUCAAGGAGAUGCCAGAUAACACAUCAUCAAACCCCAACAUUUCCACUAUCCAUAGCGCAGAAAGAAUGGUUACUGAUUUUACGAAGACAAAAGUGAUUAUGAUGUUAUUUCUGUAGCUAGAAAAGUGGAAACGGAGAGCGAGCGUCGUCUAAAGUAUAUAUUAACAACGGUGGUAACACGGUGGUCCAAUUAAGGCAUGUUUGCAGAGAUUCUGACGGUCCACAUAUUUUGAAACCCUAUACAGCCUCAUAAUAGGCAUAGAUAUGCGCAAUCUGAUCGGCUGACUUUAAACAUAGUCACAAGAAUAGAUAGUCUGGAAACACGGGCCGUAACAACUGAUUUUGAACUUUUAUGUCAAAAUUGUACUUUCGGCCCGCUGAAAGUGCAAAACAAACUUUAAAGUGAAUCAUGGAAAGUGGAGAGUUGCAAGUUCUUUUGAGUUUGAUAGAAACAGAUCAGUUUGAAAGCGAUUCAUUUUAUCAAGAAAUCGAAAUAGCAGCUUUAGAAGAAUGUAAAGAGACUUUAAAUUGUAGUGAUUGCUCGAAGGCAUUCAAAACAACUAGUGGUCUGAAAAGGCAUAUAAACUCUAAGCACAAAGAACUUGUGCCUACUGACAACCUUGUCGAGGUUGUCGGUAGUGAAUCAGUUGAUUUAAAUAAAAAUAUACAAUUAUGUAUUCAAAGUACACAAUUCAAAGAUCUAUUGAAUAACGCAAGACAUAAACUGUCAACAGAUGAUUGUUUUUGUAAUGAAGAUCGAGAAUGUUUUAAAAACAUGGUUGUCACUGAAUCUGAGUAUUUACAAGUUAAAUCUUUUUUUUUAAAAGAAAUGCAUGAAUUUAAAGGCAACGCCGAAAAAUUUUAUUGUUCACUCCACCAUAAGUAUACAACUGAGUCAGUUGCGAUAAAAACAAUACCAAAGGAACUAUAUUAUUUAUUGUUAGCAGAAUUAACAACAUCAUGUCUAAAUUUUUUGAUUACAAAAGAAUCUAAACUUAUUGGUGAAGAUUCGAAUCUAGAAAUAAAUCUCUCUGAAAAAGACAUAAGAUGCUUAGAAUAUAUUGCAGGUUAUGUAUUUCAAAAACUGUACUCUAAGUUGAGAAAUAAAAAAAUUAACGAUGGUGCAAUGUCUGGACAAUGGCUUGAUAUUAUACUUUCAUCAAAAACUCAAGAGGAACAAAAACUUGUAGAUAGUAGAGAAAGAGGUGGAUUGUGGAAAAUGAAUACACUAGUAAUAAAUAUUUUUAGUGAAUGUGAAAAAAAAUUUAGAAUACAUACUAGCGUAAAUUUUAGAAAAAUUGACAGUAAAGUAUUGGUUUCACAAUUAUUAAAUAACUGUUUUGUCAAGUCCUGCUUUUAUUAAAUAUGUGACCUUCCUGAAACAGAAAUAGACAAAGAAGUUGCUAAAACUUUAUUAUAUCAUAUAGUGAUGCUUUUUAUUCGUGUUCGUUCACAUUCACACACAAAGCAAAUAAAAGAAAAAUUCAAAAACAAAAAAAAAAUAACAAAAGCAGAAUCUUUACGAUCAUCAUUAAAAAAAAUCAAAUAAGAUCAAGAAAAAUAUUUGCGAUAGCUGAGAUUUACAAUCAUAUUUCCUCUCAUCCGUAUUUUAUCAAUCUAUGCAGAUGUAUAGAAAAACCAUAUUUAUAAGAGUAUUAUAGUUCCAGUUUAUAAUACUUAUCAAACAGCUAUUUUCAUAGCUACAAAUUAAAAUAAUUACAUUAUUGGUUAGAACGAAUACUUUUAUUAAUU